AUCACUGUUUACUGCUGACAUGCUGAAGCUCAGGUGGCAACAAACAUCACUGGCUGAUGAAGUCAAGGAUGAUGUCUUGAUUACAGUAUAUUGCCUUUAUAUAAACGUCAGAUGAAUGAAAGAGGUAGGGUAUUUCUGCUGCAGUGCAAAUGCAGAUACAAACCAUGAUGUUCUUCUCCAGUCCUCAGCUGGUGUACCUCACCGUGUUCUUAUUAGCAUGCCUGGCCUUUCCUAGCGAUGCUCUCCUAAGGGUGUAUGGCAUGAAUGGUAAAGGUCUGGACGGUGAUGUUCUAAAUCCUCCUGAACCCUAUGUGAAGGUGUUUGUUAGAAAUAUACUCAUGGGGCAAACCUAUGUGAUUAACAGUAGUUCUAACCCCACAUGGAGCACCAACGUGGUCUCUAGUACAGCUAAAGUCAACGAUGAGGUCAAGCUGCAGGUCUGGGACAAGGAUAUUAAGUAUGACGACCUUUUGGGAACGUGUUACGCCACGGUGAGGAGCGGCAUCAAUAGCUUUAGGUGUAGUUUGAGCAAAGGAGGUACACUGAGUUAUAUGACUGAGUUCCACUAAAUCAUUGAUGUGAUGUUCUCUGCAGUUCCUCACUGUAUAUUUGAUUGAUGAUCACAUAAAUAAAACAACUUAGUAGCAUC